GGCACGGUGGCCCAGAGCGCGGCGCCUCACCAACCAACAAGGCAACCAGCCGUCCAUGUGGUCCUCCCCCUUCCAGGGUCCCAGCAGCAUCGCCGCCACCGUCGCCGCACCCGCGGACGCGUCAGACGCCACUGCCAGCACAGGAAGCUGCAGGGUGUGCGAGCGCCAGGGUCAAAGCCUUGAUGACCGGUAAAGAAAGGGACACGGUGGUGCUCGUCUGCCUUGCCUGCGCGUCGUGCCUCAUCGUGGCCACGCGAGCCUUCGCAAAUGGCUACGCGGCCGCGAGCAGCGCCGGGGCUGUUGCCAACGGCAGCGGCCGGCGUGGGCUGGCACCGUCCGCGCUCGCGGCGAUCCCAAAGCUCACGUACCGGAGGGGCUGCGUCGCCGCCGCCGUCGUCGGGUGGGCACAGUGCGCGAUCUGCCUCGCUGUGGUGCGGGAUGGGGAGGUGGUGCGGCUGCUGUCGGCGUGCGGGUACCUGUUCCACGUCGAAUGCAUCGACCUGUGGCUGCGCUCGCACGCCACGUGCCCGCAGUGCCGGCGGGACGACGGCGAGGCGGCCACCGAGAAAGUUUAAUUUGAGCUCGCCGCCGCCCGGACCAGGAAGAAACGCCGUCGCCACUCGCUUGCUCAACAUGUUUCCCUCCGCCAUGAUAUGCACUUCUCAAGAACUGUACAUAUCAGAUACAGUUUUUUUAAAAAAAAAAAAAUCUUA